AUGUGGCUAUCAUCUUGGUUAGGUUUAUCACGUGGUAACCGAACCACAACACGAACCUCAUCUCCCAGAACCCGAACCUACACUUCAUUCCGAAGCAUCAAAGAUAUCCGAACCAUCCUCCAACCCGGACCCGAUUCACAAAACUCCCCCACUCUCUGCCGCCGCCUCAGCACCUCCCACUCUCUCCUCCGAUCCGUCAGCACCAGCGCCCGCUCCAUCCCUCCCUCCAUCACCGUCCCCUCCAACCUCGACCACGGCGGCAUCGUCGUAUACUUCACCAGCCUCCGCGUCAUCCGCCGUACAUUCAACGACUGCCGAACUGUUCGAUCCAUCCUCAAACGAUUCUCCGUUUCCAUCGACGAGCGCGAUGUCUGCGUCGAUGAACGGUUCCGCGAGGAGCUUUUCGAGAUCCUCGGUCGCCGGAAUGUGCCAUUACCGUGCGUGUUUAUCGGAGGUGAAUACAUUGGCGGAGUAGAGGAUUUCAAAAAGCUUUACGAUAGCGGCGAGUUGCAGGAGAUGAUUGAGCGGUUACCGAAGACGGUUCCGAGCGCGUGUGAAUUUUGCGGCGGAAUGAGAUUUGUGGUUUGCGAUGAGUGCGAUGGGAGCCAUAGAGUGUUCGCGGACAAGAGUGGGUUCAAGACUUGUUUAUCUUGCAAUACCAACGGUUUGAUCAGGUGCCCUGCAUGUUUCUUCGUACUGCCGCGUCACACCAAAUAG